AUGCCUUAUAUAGUCGGCCUCAACAGCGGUUCCUCAUUCGAUGGAGUCGAUGUGGUGCUCUGCACCAUCGAUAUCGCUGAAGAUGGUCAUCCCUCGCGGCCCAAGUAUGUGGAUGCGGUGACCGUCGACUGGCCGGACGAGCUGCAGCCAUUGAUAAUGAAGGCGUUCGAGAACAAGCUUUCACUGUUUGAGAUGACGCGAGUCAACUAUGCGGCAGGUGCUGUCUACGCCGAGGCCACCAAUGCUCUUCUGGCAAAGGUGGGCAUCAAGCCGGACGAGGUCGACGUGCUCGGCUAUGAUGGCCAGACAAUCUAUCAGGAACCUCCAGACCGAGCCAAGAUCGCAGAGUAUGUGUCUAGUGGGACCAAGAGUCUACUGGAUCUGUGGAACAAGGGCGGAUUCGCCUGUGGCUAUUUCAUCGUUGAGUCAGGCGUGGUAGCGGCAUUGACCAAUAUCACGACCGUCACCCAGUUUCGGCCAGUCGACCACGCCCUUGGAGGAUCGGGAGCACCCCUGAUGCAGUAUCUCGACUUUGUCUCCUUCCGCAACGACGGGCCUACCGUCACCCUCAACAUUGGCGGUAUUGCCAACUUGCAGCUCGCUGACAAAGAUCGUCGCAACAUGAUGGCGUUCGAUACCGGGCCGGGGAAUGUGAUGCUGGACCACGUUGUCAAGGUACGAGCAGGAAAGGCGUACGACAAGGAUGGCGAACUCGCCGCCAAGGGCCAGGUGAUUCAGCCUCUGCUGGAAGAACUACAAUCCCACGAGUUUUUCCGCCGAAGUCCUCCCCGGUCUGCAUGGAGAUUGGACUUCGGCUCCCACUAUGCCGAUGAUAUCCUCCAGCGUUACGCAUCUUCAUCCACCGAAGAUCUCCUGGCCACCUUUACGAUGUUCACAGCAACCUCGAUCGAGCGGGCACUGGUAGACUUCAUUCUGCCCAAGACGAAGAUUAUGAAAGUUGUCGCCAGUGGGGGUGGAACGAGGAAUCUCGAGUUACUCCGCCUCUUGACGGAGCGUCUGGCAACUCAUGGACUGAAGACGUGCGUGAGCACUGAAUUUGGUCUUCCAGCCGCCUACAAGGAGGCGAUUAAAUUUGCCACGUUAGCUUUUGCGGCAAAAAGAGGCCUUGCUAAUAACAUCCCGGCUGCUAGCGGGGCAUCUUCGUAUGCAGUUCUCGGCAAAUUGACAAUGGCACCAAGGCUUGCGCAGGGAACAGAGCCGCUGACGAAGGAUUAG